AUGCGUGCAUUUAUGGUUAUGUGUUUUGUGGCUUUGGCCACCGCCGAUAAAUUAGGCUACAACUAUCAACCAGUGGGGCACUCGGAUAGUGGUCUUUCCUUCAUUCCUGGGAGUGGUAGCAGCGGAGGUUUACCUGGUUCUUCAGGAGGUCUAGGCGGUAUUGGUGGUGGUCUUGGCGGCUUGGGUAGUGGACCAUCGAGUGGAUUUGGAGGUCUUGGAGGGGUCGGAGGUCUAAGCGAUAUUGGUGGUGGUCUUGGCGGCUUGGGUAGUGGACCAUCGAGUGGAUUUGGAGGUCUUGGAGGUGUCGGAGGUCCAAGCGGCGGUUCAUCUGGAAGUUUCGGCAACUUAGGCAAUGGUCUUGGCGGAUUAGGCGGUGGAUUGGGAGGUUUUGGAGGUGGUCCAUCUUAUGGCAUUGACGGUGGUUCGAGCUCAGGUCCUUCUGGUCCCAGUGAUUACAGCGGUGGCAGCAGUGGCAGCGCACCUGGUAGCAGUAGCUCAGUUGGCGCCCCAGCAGAAGCGGCAUACGAAAAGGAAUUCUAUACAUACACCGCUGAUGAAAGUGAUUUCAAUGAACCAGAAUCCAACGACCAGGUCGCUAAUUCAUUAAAGAAGAAUUUACGUGUUAUUUUCAUCAAGGGACCCGAAAACAACGGUUUGGAAAAGGCCGCUAUCAACUUGGCUAAACAUGCUUCCGAACAGAAGACCGCUAUCUAUGUGUUGCAGAAACAAGCGGAUUUGGGUGACUUAGCUAACAAAUUGCAAGUUUCACAUGAUUUGCAGAGCCACAAACCCGAAGUACACUUUGUAAAAUAUCGCACUCCCGAAGAUGCGGCUAACGCUCAAAAGGCCAUUCAAUCGCAAUAUGAUCAGUUGGAUGGACCUUCACAAUCGCACGAUGGUGGAGCUGCUCCAGUUCACAACUUUGCAUCUCCAGCUGCUCGCAAUGCUCCUUCUGGUGAUAGCGACGGUAUCUCUGGCCCUGCUGGCGGAAUUUCAGGUGAUGUCGGACGAGUUGGAGGUGUUCUCAGUGGACUUGGAUCGGGUGGUAGAGUUUCGGGUGGGAAAGGCCCAGCUGCACCAAGAGCGACAUACUUACCAGCCGCUAUCCUGAGGGCUUUUCGGUUUUAG